AUGAAUUAUCUCACGCGUUGCUAUCAGUGUUACUCCUUACGCAAUGUCGAAAAAAUCUGAUCCGGACAGAUUUAGUGUGACGAAAGAUCUUUUGCUACCUGGGGUGUUUUUCUGCCUCCUUGUGCGAUGGUGCGUGGCUGCAUAUCCCUAUUCCGGACACAAUAAGCCUCCCAUGUUCGGUGAUUUUGAAGCACAAAGGCAUUGGCAGGAGAUAACCGUGCACACGCCUAUCAGACAAUGGUACUUUAACACAACUCAAAAUGAUCUUCAGUACUGGGGUCUGGACUAUCCCCCGCUCACUGCAUACCACAGUUUCAUCGUGGGGCUCGUUGCUGACUGGCUAGACCCAGAAUCGGUGCGGCUUUUCGCAUCGAGAGGUUAUGAAAAAGACACCCACAAAACAUUCAUGCGUUGGACUGUGUUCCUUAGUGAUAUCUACUUUUAUGUUUCUGCAGUGCUCUGUUUGUGCAUAGAUCUUGAAAGAGUGAAGAGUAAAGAGGACAGUAAUGUGUUUAAAAGGACAGACAUAUCAACAAUUUUGUUUUUAUUGUAUCCUGGGUUGAUAUUGAUAGACCAUGGACAUUUUCAGUACAAUUGUGUGUCGCUGGGACUCUUUUUAUGGUCUGCUUUCUUCAUAGUCGCUAUUGAGAAUGACAUUUUAGCAACAAUAUUCUUUGUUCUCGCUUUAAAUUAUAAGCAGAUGGAAUUGUAUCAUGUGUUACCAUUUUUCUUCUAUUUAUUACGGAAAUGUUUCAUUGGACUUCCUCCUAAAAGUAAAUUAAAAUAUUUUAUCCAUAACCUCAACAAAUUAGCUAUAGCAGUUAUAGCUAUGUUUGUAAUAAUCUGGUAUCCUUUUAUUCAUUCUUGGGAAUCGUUAUCUCAAGUGGUACACAGGAUUUUCCCUUUGAAGCGUGGAGUGUUUGAAGACAAAGUCUCAAAUGUGUGGUGUUUUCUAAAUGUAUUUGUUAAACUAAAAUCUCUAUAUACCAAUGAGCAAAUGGCUAAAGUGUGUUUGGCAACAACAGCGCUGGCUGUGCUACCAUCCUGUAUAGAUUUGUUCUUCAGAAUUAAUAGGAAAAAGUUUGUCCUAUCUCUUAUUAAUGUAUCAUUGGCUUUCUUCCUGUUUUCAUUUCAAGUUCAUGAGAAAACUAUCUUGUUGGUAGCUGUACCAAUUUGCAUGCACUUCCCUGAUGAUCCGUUUAUGUGUUUCUGGUUUCUGAUUCUGUCGAACUUUAGUAUGCUACCGUUACUCUUAAAAGAUGGCCUCUUGAUGCCAUUCAUUGCUACUAACAUAAUAUACAUCUGCUUUUACAGCAUUUGUCUAAAACUUGCUCAUCCAAAAGUAGGUUUUUUUUCAAUUUUCAAUGCGGAAGAAGUUUACACAAUCAUAAAUCCAAAGAGUGAGAAAUCAAUGUUGCUCAAACUAUUAAGUAUCAAUUUCUUUUUCUCAUUUGUCUUUAUGUUUUUGCUAACCCAGGCUGCAGUUCUAUUGCAACCGCCACCACAAUAUCCUGAUCUCUUUGCACUAUUGAUUUCCGUGUAUUCCUGUUCUCAAUUUAUACUGUUUUUUCUCUAUUUCAACUACCAACAGUUGUCUCUACCAACAUGUUUGCCAAAAGUACAAAAAUUAAAGACAAACUAGAAUUAACUUUAACCUAAUAGUGUUUGUGCUUGGUAU